AUAGUAAUUUGAGAAAACAAAAGUAGACAUUUGAAAUAUUUUUUUUAAGAAAUACGAUUUUGAUAAACACUUUUAAUGUUUAUGUGUUGUUUUAGCACAAGUUUUACGUGCAAUCAAAAUUAAAAGCCGGAUAAUUUGAAGAACUCAUAUGAGAAAAAGUCCUGUUAUAUAACUAAUGUUCAAGGUAACACUGGUACAUACACAUAUAAGACCUUUUGGUAAAAUUAUGCCUAGCUUGGACUCUCUAAGUUUCUUUUUCAUUGUAGUUAUAACUCACAAAACUUAUUGUAAAUGACCAAAUUUCAUUUAGAGAUGCUUUAAAGAUCCUGUAUGUUGCAAGCGCGGUUGUUACCACGCUGAAGUGAAAUUUUAUAUAUGUAUAUAAUUAUGCAGAUAAAACAAUUUUCAAAUAUCGAAGAAUAUGUAAAAUAUGUACUGCAAAUAUUUGUGCACAUUAUAUGUAAUCAUUAAAAUAUAUGCAUUCAUUUCUUAUUGAAACAUUUGACUUAAGACUUUAUAGAAAAUAGUUUUAUGUUAAUUACAUGAAAUUUAAUUUGCAUGAUAUGUUAAAUGCGGUAAUAUCUUUAUAAAUAAAACCUUUUGGAACUUACAAUAUUGAUCAAUCGUAAUUUGAGCAUCAUAAUUAUGAAAUAAAACCAUGAAAAAAUUGUUUUAAAGGACCGUUAAAAACAUGAGCUCAUGAAUAUGUGUGCAUGCGUGUUUGUGUUAAAAAUGAAAUGAUCUUUUAGUAAUACCCAUUUUGUCAGUCAAAAGCUAUGGAUUUUGGAGGCAGCGUUCCAUUUUAUAUACUGCAUGAAGUAGGUUCGAGACCACAAGGGACUGUGAUCUUUCGAUUUUUCAUGUGAGAAAGUUUUGUAACAAGCUUACAGAACGUCGGUCGUUCUACUCAGGUGCCCGUUCGUACCUUUAUUUAUACCCAAAGAGGCACUUGUAAAAACUGGAAAGUUGCCGCAUGUCAGUUUUGGUGAGAUGUGAAAAAAGAUGACAUACAUUACUGAAUUAAAAGUUAUUUUUAAAGCUUCGUGUCUUUAAACGUUAAAAAAAUUAGCCAUUGCAAUUACAUUUUUUAAUUAAAUAUAACCAUGAUAUUGCAAAAUUGUACCUAGUGACUUACUUAUUAUUAACAAAAUUUUAAUAUAUAUAUUGUUAUCAAGUAAUGAUCUUUUUCAGCGGUUCAGGUUAUGACCUUGUUUUAUUUUUUUCAGGAUGAAACAAAAAACAAAUCUAACACUUCACAAGCCUAAAACUAGAAGAAAAAAUACAAGUAAAAUACAGCAGGUAUUAAAAGAGUUGUUAUUGGUACCGAAAACGACACCCGUUAAAAUUUCAAUGCAAGAAUUCAAGUCACCAAAACAUGGAAUCAAAAGACUUGCUUACAGAUCCCCACACAAAAGCAAGGAAAAAACACCGUCAAAAUCUCCAAAUGAGAAAAAGGCCAAAAAAUGUCUCAUGACUAUUCUCGAUAGUGACAAAGAAAGAAACUUAUCUGAAAAUGCAAAACAUAUUUGUGAUGAAAAAGAAAAUGAAGAUAUUUUUCGGAUGGAAGACCACCUUGAGUCUGAGACAAGAGAUAUUGAAAAUGAAAUGUUUGAAUUAUUGCCAUCAGUUUUAACAAAAUUGGCAAAAGAAGGUUUUGAUCAAACUUUACUAAAUUUCUUUCGCCAGAUCAGUAAAAAUGAAUUUCCGCUUUCUAACAUUUCAUUCCUAUUAUGGUCUGAAGUCGUUAAAUGGUAUAGUUGUAAAGGGACUUGUUUUAUGCGAUAUUCUGAUGAAACCAAAAAAUUCUGGAAAUUAGGCUACAGAAUGUUCGGAGGCAGAUUUAUACACUUUAUGUCCGGGUACAAAAAUACAGGACAUAAUAUCUCGGCAAAAUCUGGAUUAUUUUCAACAAGUUAUUCAAACAUUAAUUUUGCUGUUCCUGAUACAGAUGUUCUAAGGAAUUAUUUGCCAUAUGGUUCGAUUUCGAACGAGUCAAAUUCAAGAAGACCGGGAAUAUUUUUUGAUAUUAUAGAGUCGCUUUCCAAAUCAAUGAGUGGAAAAUCUUGCUGCAUUACGUUCGAUGGUAAGAAGUUAAAACAAGGUCUAACAAAAACUGAUGGCGACAUAGAUCUUUUAGGUUUUGAAAAGGAUAUGAGUUUAGAAGAAAAAAGAGGAAAUCAAAAAAUACUUGUGAAUCCCCUGAAAGAAAUGUUAACAUAUUUGAAAUCUGAAGAGGAAAGUUGUGAAGUAAAUAACCUUGCAAGUAGCAAAUUAACUGAUUUAGAAAUUUUAUUACAUAACUCGUUGAAAAACAUAUCAAAGCAAAUACUUGACAUUAAAGAGAAAAGAAUUAAAAAGGUAUAUGCUAAAGAAAAACUAAUUGAAAAAAGUGGCGAUUCAAACUGGAGAAAUAGCAAAUAUGUGUAUGCCAUAAGUGCAACCAUUUCCUAUAUCCAUGACAUUGACACAUAUCUAGAACACGCACAUAAUGUACUUGAAGAACUGAUUCAAUGCAUUGCAUAUAUGAAUAAAGUGAGUUAUAUAGACAAUAGGGCGCUUAAUUUAGAAGAAAGCAGGCAGUAUGUGAAAAUACAAAAUAUAAGUAAUGACCAAAAGAAUACAAGAUUGGUUCAACAGAGAUCACAAGCUUGGUUUGAGGCACGUAAAGAAGCAAGAGUUACCGGGAGCACCAUAUAUAAAGCGAUUGGGUUAGAUGGAUUGCAUAACCAGAAGGAAUAUUUUGAUAAUGUAGUUUGUGCUGUCCCAGACAAAGAAAAAUCUGACAAAACCAAAGAAGCAUUAAAACAUGGUACAGAAAAUGAAGUUAAUGCUACAGCAACUCUUGUCGGCAGAGUUCUACCAAUUCUAUACCCUGAUAAAGUAGUUCACGAAGAAGGAUACGUUGAAUAUGGAUUGUUUAAGGAGAAACCUUUCAUGAUUAUUUCCCCUGAUGGUAGCAUAAAAGAUUCGGUGGACGGAAGCUCAACAAUAGCAGCCGUUGAAUUGAAAUGUCCAGUUCAGAAUAUACAUAAAGAAUUGCCUCCACGAUACCUUCUGCAAUGCUUGUCAGAGAUUGAGGCACUUGAUGUUGAUCAUUUAAUUUACCUCUGCUGGAAAUCUGAUAUCAGCUCAGUAUUUAGAGUUAACCGAAACAAACCAUUAUUCGAUCGUGCGUUUAAUUUAGCAAACCGUCUUUACGGAAUAGAAAAUCCUAAGAGAUGUACGAAACUAUGUGAAGACUCAAAAUCUCUCAAACAAGAAAUAAUUGAAGAAUGUAAAAAUAUCAAAUUCAUGUUCAUUGUUCCAUCAUUAACUUCAGCCACAAGUUAUGAUACACAAUCUUGCCGACUUGAAUUUCGUCUUACUCGUCUGCAACUUUUGAUAGAGGAUAUAAUUAAAUCAUACGAUCAGUUCUAUGAAUUGAACCGUCAGCCAGCGACAGAAGCAGUUGUAUUUCUAUGCUGUGAUUUAGAUAGAGAAUGGAGGGACAAUACUAUCCGCAGUGCCCCAGUUUGCUGGUUCCCAAAAGGAUAUAGUCUGGAUACAGAGACAAUGGUUAGAAUUCUUGAAACAGUUUUGUGUGUCUGUCAAUCAUACGGAUUACACAUACCGGCUAUUUCCUACGAUGGACAAUGGCAUAAUAUAUGUGUGAGGGAUUUAUCCGGAGAACCGCUAACUGUUCUGCAGUUGCAGAAAGACAUUUGGAAACGUGUAGAACGCAUGCCUAAAUCUGAAAUUUUAAAAGUGCUAAAAACGAAAAAUAAGGAUCCGAAAUGGCAGUUUGAGGUAUUAAAAGAUGACUUAAGGGGUGAACAUAGAGUCAUAGCAACAACACGAAGUAAUGAACCAAUACCUACUUUUUCGCAAAGAAUUUUCGAACAACGGAUACUUGAACAAAGAAAGCAAGAAAAGAAAAACAAAGUUAUUCAAACAAAAGUCAAUAUGAGUCAAGAUAGUGAACAAGUUAGUGAUUCAAGUUUAAACGUUGAUGAAAUAACUGUUGACAGUAUAAUAAGAGAUCACUCAGAUAAUAUGCCUAAUGAAGAUGCUAAUUCUUUCGGAGAUGAAAAUAGAAAUGACAUAUGUAAAAAUAUAGAAAACAUAACCAUUGAGGAUGCUAGUACAAUUUUAACAAUGAUUAAAACAGACCAAAAAUGUAGCAAGUCUAAGCAAUGGGAUAAAAAGGUACCAACCGAUUUACUAGAUUCUUUUGGCUCAGCAGAAAAACUAAACAAAAUGAGGGAUUGUGAACUGAGAAUUGUAAUAAGGUAUUUUAAUAGUAUUAACAUUAAGAAUAAGAUAAAAGAAACAGCAACCAAACAGCAUAAGUUAAAUCAUCUGAUAACCUUAUUUGGCUUAGAUAACAACGAGAUGUCUUUCAGGAAGAAAAAAUCAACAAAAAUUCACAAAGUAAAGACUUUAAAGGAAUUGGCAUUUAACACAAUAUCAAAAACCUAUAAGAAAAAUGAGCUUAAUAUUAUAUAUGCUGAAUACGUAUGGGACCAAGAAUUGACAGCCUGGAGAAAAAAACAUUUUGAAAAAAGCAAUAUUGAUCUUGCGAGUGCAAACAUGAACUACGUAGGAAAUCAUGGCGGACAAAAUGCGUCAAACUUAAUUUGCGAAGUGAUGGAGAAGGACGAUAACCUUAUUCCAUCAGAGUUAUUUUAUACACCAUCAAAAAGCAUAAAAAGGGGUCAAAACGAAGUACACUGUAUUGAUGCCACCCAUUUAUUGACAAGAACUAGACGGAAAUGUUGCCGUGGUGGCCUAGAAGGUUUGUCAAAUAAGCCCUGGCUUAGGGUUGCUAAAAGUGGUAAUACACACUUAUCUCCGGCAAUGGUUGAUGCAGUUGUAGAUCCUAUGUCCGUGUCUGUUGCAAUAACUCAUUUUUCAGAAUCCGUGGAGGAAGAGAUGCUUAAAAACGGAGAUAAUGAUGCAGCUGAACUAUGCAACGAUAUUAGACAGUGGUGGCAAGCUGAGGAUAAUCCUGGAAUCCCCGCAAGAAAGAGAAUGCACAUGAGAAUGGGCUUACGUAAAAGGUUACUAAGUCAUGUAGAUUUUUCUCAUUUUCCACCACCUGGCAUGUAUGUGAAUGGUUGGCCAUCUCAGUUAUGGGAGGCAAUUAUAGCAAAUAUAGACGCAAAGAUCAGUCUUUAUAAGUUUUGUAAAGGGAAUUCAUACAACGUCAGGGCAUUCUCCAGUAUGAUGGGAGAAACAUUUUUCUCAGAGCUCACCUUGUAUGAUAGAAGAGGAAGAGGAACAGUGACACCUUGCGAAUUUGGACAGUUUAUUGAUAGCACGAUAGAAAAAUUAAACAUGCGGUUGGAUCCUUCCAGGACUUUUUGUUACCGCACUAGUCGAAAACAAGUUUAUACAUUAAUGGGUCAGUCAGAAACACAACCCCAAAGUGAGCAAGAAGAAUCAUCAAAUACAUUUUCAGAGAGUAGCCUUCCUAUCAUUGACCAUCACUUUGACAAGUCAGAACGUUGCAGAAUUAAAGGAAAACAAAAGUACGCUACAGUAAGCACAGAGAGAAAUGCCAUCAAGAGAGGUUCCCUUGGUGUUCGUUGGGAAGGGGCAAGGAGGAAUGAGAGCAAAUUAUUGCCAACAGUUAGAAUGGGGAUAGACUGCGAAUAACUAAUACAGAGACAAGCUUGCUUCUUUAAAAAGGAGCAUGCGCGAUAGGUCGUUUGCAGCUGCGGAAUAUUUACGAAAUUUCCAGGGAUAAAUGUAUAAUACAAAUGAAGAAGGAAACGUAAUGGAUUUAAAAACUAUUUAUUGAAGCGUAACAAAAGGAACACUUAAAUAAACAAUACUAAUUCCUUUAGUAACAGAAAACCCAAAAAAGUAAAAGGCAAUAGUAAAAAAUACUUUUCCCUGCACUAGCAUGCCAAUCAUGAAGUAAUCAAAUAUUGUAGAAAAAAUAAAUACAUGGUAGCAAAUAAAAAAUAAUGUAAUCAAAAUUAAAAUGUAAUCACAGAAGAAAUCACAUGUUAUGAUCACAGAACAAACAAUAAAAAUUAUUUUAAAAGACAUGUUCAAUACACGAUACAUGUUUUAAACAAACUUAUUUUUACUUUAUUAGAAUAGAUAUACAAGAUUAUCAAAAAUGAUUUUAUAAUGAUUAUAUAUUUAUGUAAUACACCAAACAAAAACUUGAAACAAUAUAAGUAAAAAAUAAUAAUGUCCGUUUCACUAAGCUUUGUUUUACUCGUAGUUAGACAGUUUAUAUAUUCAAUGUAAAAUAUGGCAGCUAAACUUUCUGCAUACGAGCCUUAUAGAUUAAAUUCUAAAUAACUAUUGAAGAAGAAAAUUAAUUUGUGUUAUUUAUAUAUGAAUGGUAUGUAAAUGUUUAAUACUUGCAUUGCGAUUUAAAUAGACACUUGUAGUUUCUUAUAUAUUGUAAACAAUAAAGAUAUUAUAUGAAAGUAAUAUUUCUUUUGUUUUGUUAUGACCAGUAAUUUAAGGUAAGUAAUAUGCAGACAUUUGCUAUAGGCUACUUACAGGCAUAAGUAAUUGCUUUAAUGACCAUAGAAUUUCAAAGUAGAAAACGAAGAACAUGGAAUG